UAGACAGGGAGCUUAAGCCAGGCCCCAGCCAGCAGGCAGACCUGCUGGCCUGUCUCUUUAAAUCUCAGGUAAUUUGGGAGGAGGAAGGGAGUGUCUGCUCACUCCCAGGAGGAGCUCCUGACGGAGGAGCCCAGUGGCGGGAGUCCCAGCUCUGCCAAGUGGAACAAACUCGGAGGCCUCUCAGUCUGGAGGGUGCACCUCAGGGAGACUCCUCCAGAGUCAAGAAGGCCAGAGACGGGACCUCUACGGGCAGAGGGCUGGCCGGCCCCAGGGGCUGCUGAUGUGGCCCCAGGGCUGAGUCCAGCCGGGGUCUGGCCUUGGCCCCAGCCCCCCAAGGAGCCGGUCCUACACUCCAUGGGGUUGUCGUUGCCCAAGAAGAAGGGGCUCGCUCUCUGCCCAUGGAGAAGGCUCUGUAAGUGGAUGCAGCGACGAGAGUCAUGCACUCAGAGCCGAGAUGAGCAGAAUCUGCUGCAGCAGAAGAGGAUCUGGGAGUUCCCACUCCUCCGAGCUGCCAGAGAGAAUGACGUCCAGACUCUCAACAAGCUGCUCAAGAGUGAGGCCUGUGAUGUGCACCAGAAAGGAGCCCUGGGGGACACAGCCCUGCACAUAGCCGCUCUUUAUGACAACCUGGAGGCCGCCAUGGUGCUGAUGGAGGCCGCGCCGGAGCUGGUCAAGGAGCCCAUGACAUCUGAGCUGUAUGAAGGUCAGACGGCACUGCACAUAGCCAUCAUGAACCAGAACAUGAACUUGGUGAGAGCCCUGCUUGCCCAUGGGGCCAGCGUGUCUGCAAGAGCUCUAGGCUCAGCUUUCCGCCUCAGUCCCCGCAACCUCAUCUACUUUGGGGAGCACCCUUUGUCCUUUGCUGCCUGCAUGGGCAGCGAGGAGAUCGUGAGGCUGCUCAUCGAGCACGGAGCUGACAUCCGGGCCCAGGACUCCCUGGGAAACACAGUGCUGCACAUCCUUGUCCUCCAGCCCAACAAAACCUUUGCCUGCCAGAUGUACAACCUGCUGCUGUCCUACGACAGGCGUGGGGACCGCCUGCAGUCCCUGGAGCUCGUGCCCAAUCACCAGGGCCUCACCCCCUUCAAGCUGGCCGGAGUGGAGGGCAACACUGUGAUGUUCCAGCACCUGAUGCAGAAGUGGAAGCACAUCCAGUGGACGUGUGGGCCGCUGACCUCCACCCUCUACGACCUCACGGAGAUCGACUCCCAGGGGGAGGAGCCAUCCCUGCUGGAACUGAUCGUCACCUCCAAGAAGCGGGAGGCUCGCCAGAUCCUGGACCAGACGCCAGUGAAGGAGCUGGUGAGCCUCAAGUGGAAGCGACACGGGCGGCCGUACUUCUGUAUGCUGGGCGCCAUCUACCUGCUCUACAUCGUCUGCUUCACCAUGUGCUGUGUCUACCGCCCCCUCAAGCCCAGGACCAGCAACCAAACCAGCCCCCGAGACAACACCCUCCUCCAGCAGAAGCUGCUUGAGGAGGCCUACGUGACCCCCCAGGAUCACCUCCGACUGGUGGGGGAGCUGGUGUCUGUCUUUGGAGCUGUGAUCAUCCUGCUCUUAGAGAUUCCAGACAUCCUCCGGGUAGGAGUCACCCGCUUCUUUGGACAGACCAUCAUCGGAGGGCCAUUCCAUGUGCUCUUCAUCACCUACGCCUGCACGGUGCUGAUGAUCAUGGUGAUGCGGCUCACCAGCACCAGCGGGGAGGUGGUGCCCAUGUCCUUUGCGCUGGUGCUGGGCUGGUGCAACGUCAUGUACUUUGCCCGAGGAUUCCAGAUGCUGGGCCCCUUCACCAUCAUGAUCCAGAAGAUGAUUUUUGGUGAUCUGAUGCGAUUCUGCUGGCUCAUGGCUGUGGUCAUCCUGGGCUUUGCCUCAGCCUUCUUCGUCAUCUUCCAGGCAGAGGACCCCAACGACCUGGGCCAUUUCUACAACUACCCCAUGGCGCUGUUCAGCACCUUUGAGCUGUUCCUCACCAUCAUCGAUGGCCCUGCCAACUAUGACGUGGACCUGCCCUUCAUGUACGGCAUCACUUACGCCGCCUUUGCCAUCAUUGCCGCUCUGCUCAUGCUCAACCUCCUUAUUGCCAUGAUGGGCGACACCCACUGGCGGGUGGCCCACGAACGCGAUGAGCUCUGGAGGGCCCAGGUGGUGGCCACCACAGUGAUGCUGGAACGGAAGCUACCUCGCUGCCUGUGGCCUCGCUCUGGGAUCUGUGGGUGCAAGUUUGGGCUGGGAGAUCGCUGGUUCUUGCGGGUGGAGGACAGACAGGAGUUCAACCGGCAGCGCAUCCAGCGCUACGCGCAUGCCUUCUACAACCCAGGCUCCGAGGAUGACUUGGACAAAGACUUGGAAAAGACAGAAAAAACGUGGCUAGGCCACCCCUUUGGCCCCCACCUGUCCCUUCCUACCCCCUCAGUGUCUCGAAGUACCUCCCGCAGCAGCACCAACUGGGAGAGGCUUCGGCAGGAGACUCUGAGGGGGGUGGUCAACAAGGCUCUGGAAGACGGGGAGGGCUGGGAGUACCAGAUCUGAGUGCCUCCUCUCACAUCGGCUCCUGAGAGCAUCAGGAAAAAAAAAAAAUUGCCUAGACCUCUACCCCCUUGACCUGGAAGAUUA